GCUGGUCCAAAACCAAAAUUAUUAUCUUUUUAAUUCUUCAUUUUCUUCUUCUUGGUUUUCAUGUUCAUCAGAUCGAACGAAGCCAAAGCCCAUUUUCCUAUAAUAAUAUUAUCAGUUCGCCCUCAAUCCUAGAAGUUUUGGAUGAUUUAUGGCUGGUAGAGAAUCAGAUUGUUAACCCUAAUAGUGAGCAAGUAAUUUCAGUAUUGAGCAUUGACAAUGGCUAUCAUCAUCAGCAAAAUCAUAACAGCCUUAUUCUUCAAGCCUCAGAAUAUGGAAAUGUGUUCAGUCUUGCACAAGAAGGUAACAUAUGUCCCAAUGUGGACUCUGACAUGUUUGUUGAACAAGAAAACUCAAUAGUGAUUACUAAUAGUUUGAGCUCCGGAAAAGAUUUCAUUAGCUCCAAGAAGGCGAAGGGAAGGAAAUCAACCAAGUGUAAGAAUUUGAAGAGUGUUGAAGACAAAAGGCAGACUGUGAUUCAAUCCGAGGUUGAAGAGGAAGAUUCAGUCAUCAAGAAACAAGAGCACAAUGCUAAGGAGAGGAUAAGAAGGAUGAAGAUCAGUGAGGCUUAUAUGGCCCUUGGUUCCUUGCUGCCUAGUUCUCGACCAUCAAAGGUCAAGAAGAGGUGGACUGCUCCAAGAAUAAUCGAUAAAGUUCUUGAAUAUAUUCCGGAGUUAGAGAAUGAAAUAGAAGAAUUGACUCUAAAGAAGAAGAAUACCCAAUCAGCUGUUGAAAGUAUAAUGCCAUCAUCAGUACUUGUUGACAAAAAGAUUAGUAGUAGUGCUAUGGCUUCAGAAAUUAAUAAAUCUAUCACAGUAUCAGUGAAUGAAGUUAAAAAGGGUCAGCUGAUCUUUCAAAUUUGCAGGCAAAGAAAUGAACAAAAAGAUUUCUCAAGCUUAUUGGAAUUUAUUGAAGAAGAAGUUGCGAUAUGCCUGGUGAGUGCUUCCACUCUUCAUGUUUGUGAUGAGAGAGACUGCUGCCACAUUCAUAUUCAGAUCAUCAAUGAGAGUUCAAGUGCAAGUAAUGGAAAUGACUCUUCUUCGGUGUUAAAAGAAAAGAUCAUCAAUGAGAGUUCAAGUGCAAGUAAUGGAAAUGACUCUUCUUCGGUGUUAAAAGAAAAGGUGAUUUCUUGGUUGAGCUAAUUAAUAAUAUUAGUUUCAUUGGUUUUCCAGUUAUCAAAAGUUGACAGAUAUCAAGUGUUAGUCAUGUAAAUUGAAUAAUUUUAUCAGAAAAAGAUUGUACAUAUAUAUAAAUAUAUACAUAUAUCCACUAGUUAACUUAUAAUAAUACAUACAUAGAAUAGUUUCUUGCAAUGCUAUUGAAAUUUUGUUAAUGUAUAU